GACACCCCGCCCCCCUCCUUCCGUAGUGGAUCUCCUAGCUGGUUCUCUGUCUCUCUGCAUCCUUCACUGCUCUGUUCCUCACUUCCCCUGAUAAACAACUCCUCCAGCUCCUUCGGCCACCGGGAUACAUACGAUCGAUGUCGGUGAAAGAGUGUGACCACCACAGCUGUCGCCGGAAAAUAUUCCGAAGAAUCUUUGUGGGGAUCCUUAUUUUCCUGCUUAUAGUUCUGCUGACAAUUCUAAUAAUCUGGGCAGUCCUGAAGCCUUCCAAACCAACGUUCGUCCUCCAGGACGUCACCGUGUACGCCUUCAAUGCCAGCGAGCCCAACUUCUUGACCACAAGUUUCCAAGUGACCCUCUUGUCCCGCAACCCCAACGGAAGGAUCGGAGUCUACUACGAUCGUCUCGACACCUACGUCGACUAUCGCAACCAGGAGGUCACGUAUCGCACGGCCAUCCCUCCCUCGUAUCAGGGACACAAAGAGGUCGACGUCUGGUCACCCUUCGUCUACGGAAACAACGUGCCCGUCGCUCCUUACAACUUCGUCGGACUGAGUCAGGACGAGUCCAACGGCAACGUUUUGGUGACCAUCAAGAUCGAUGGACGGGUCAGAUGGAAAGUCGGCGCUUUCAUUUCCGGCCGGUACCAUAUCUACGUCAGGUGCCCCGCUUACAUCAGCUGGAGAUCACGGGGCUAUGAGUCUGUCGGGGGCGGUAACGCCGUUAAGUAUCAAUUAGUCCAGAAAUGCUCUGUCAGCGUCUGAACUCGGACAGUCACUACUCUCCUUCCCCAUGUAUUUACAAUAACAUCCUUUUAUUUUCUUGUCCUAUUUUUGCACACCCGUUAUCUCCGCAUACCCGUGUUGGAUCUCUAAUAACUAAGGUCGUUGAAAGGGUUAAAAGUUCGCAAUGUGACGUUCUGGGGAGACACAGUACGGCAUAAUUACAAUCCAGUGACGAACCGAUUGUUGUAAAAACAUUGAAAAUGAAUAUAAUGAUUGGUUUGGAUUGGCCAGUAAGACAAGCAUCUGGUGUCACUCGUUCUUGUGCUGUUUAGAUCGUCCCAUUCGGUUAAUAAGAUUUUUUUAAGCA